UUUUUUGCUUUUUGGAUCACACUCAGCGAUGCACAGGGGUUACUCCUGGCUCUGCACUCAAGAAUUACUCCUGGUGGUGCUUAGGGGACCAUAUGGGAUGCUGGGAAUUGAACCCGGGUUGGCCGAGUGCAAGGCAAACGCCCGCUGUGUUAUUGAUUCAGUCCAACUCUUGCAGAUUUUUAAUCUGUAACUUGGACCAAGGGAAAGGACGGGACAGGGUGAAAUUGGCAGUCUCUCCAAUGUGCUUCCAGAGGAACGCUCUGAUCUGGGGCCUGGCCCCCGUCCUCACCAUUCUGGUUUACGGGCUUAGCCUGGGCUGGAGGCGCCUGCAGAAGCCCCCCUGGGGUCUUCAUCUCUGUCCCACAGACCUGACUGGGAAGACAGCAGUGGUGACCGGGGCCAACAGUGGCAUCGGUAAGGCCGUGGCCCAGGAGCUGGCCCUCCGUGGGGCCUGCGUGAUCCUCGCCUGCCGGAACCCCGAGAGCGGACGACGGGCUCAGAUGGAGAUCCAAGCGGCCACCAAGGGGAAGGGGCGCCUCCUGCUUGGCGACGUGGAUCUGAGCUCCAUGGCCUCGGUCAGGAGCUUUGCCAGCUGGCUCCAGCGGGAGCACCCCGAGAUACACCUGCUGGUGAACAACGCGGCCGUCUGUGGAUUACCCACGAUUCUCACCCCAGAGGGUUUUGAUGUCACCUUUGCCACAAAUUAUAUUGGACCCUUUCUGCUCACGAAUCUUCUCCAAGGGCUUUUGCAGCAGGCAGGCACAGCACGAGUGGUUAACCUGUCUUCCUUUAUGCAUGUGCACGGCUACAUUGAUGAGGACCACAUGAUGGGCACCGGAAGGCCUUUGGGCUUCAACCAGAACUACUAUUCCACCAAACUGAUGCUCAUCUUGUUCACCCGGGAGCUUGCCCAGCGGCUUCAAGGGACCGGUGUGACUGUGAACUCGGUGGAUCCGGGUGUGGUCUACACGGGAAUCAUGAAGACUUUCCCCUGGUAUUACCGCGUUGGCUUCUGGCUUUUAAGCUUCUUCUUGAAGGAUAUCAAACAAUCAGCAGUCCCCGUCCUCUACCUGUGCUUAGCAAAGGAACUGGAUGGCAUUUCUGGAAGAUACUUCAGCAAUUCUUGCGUGAUUACUCUUCCCUCUGAAAUUGCUCUGGACCGCCAGGUGGGUCAAAGACUCUGGCAGAGCACAGCCCGACUCACCAACCUGGACCAGACGGAUUGACCUCUGGUGGCUGCUGUCUGCCCUCGCCCCCCCUCCCUGCAUGCCUCCUUGGACGGAUGACCUCGUCUGGCUGAAGGGCUCUUUUCCCUCUUCCUUCUGCUCAGUAGCAUGAAAGCGCAGAGAAGCCAGAACCUGGGCUAUACUCUUCAGUGGAAGUAGAAAUUAGAAUCUCUUAGAAGCUCAAAGUGGCGGGCGGUGGGGAGGGGAGUCAAACUCUUUCAGGCAGGCUGAAAGGAGGGUUUCAAGGACGGUGACCAGCAAAAGGGCAACACUCACACCCGAGCCUCUUGGUAGCUGGACUUGGACUUCUUGACAUUGGAGGUCAUACCACACAGUGCCUUCUGGAUGAAAGCCUCUGCCAGCUUCUGCUAAGACAUCACCCCAGCUGGGACAGUGCAGAUAAUCCAUCCUUCUGUCCUUGCUGGAAGGACAUGAAUCCCUCACAUGUGCACCAUGUUCUUUGCCCCAAGCCACAUCCCUGGUUCCUAUUCUAGCUUUCUGUCAACCUCUUGCUCCUGGGUGAUGAGCCAAGAAAUAAGACGAGCAAA